AUGGGACCUGAGAAACCCGCAAUUCCCCCCAAUCACCCAGCAACGACGAGAUCGCUGCUACAAUGGCCUUCGAUCCAAGAAUUACUAAAAUUUUCAGGCGCCGAGAAGAUUCGUGACGUUCAAGACCCGACCAUCCCAGAACAGAAACGGUGUCCGCUUCGCGUCCACGGGCAAGGUGAAGGUCAUGGGGGCAUGUUUAAUGAGGAAUGGGGACAGGUAGGCGUCACCGACAUCAGUGGAAAUCUCGACUGGAGUCCUGACAAGGUCUGGGAUUAUUAUGAUUACACAAUUCCUUGGUCCAUUUAUGAAAACACCGCAGGAAGCGAUGACCGGAGCAAAGAAAAAACGGUCGAUAGCAGGGACCGAACGGCAUUGGCAAAUUGGGAAACCUAG